AUGCACUUCGCGGUUGGACGGGAUCCAGCGAAUUUAAAUCUAUUUGCAAUCGUCAUCGGAGCAGGAGGAGCAGGUCUCCGCGCAGCCCUAGGUCUCACCGAAGCCGGUCUCAAAACCGCAUGUGUAUCCAAGCUAUUCCCCACCCGCUCCCACACCGUCGCCGCCCAAGGCGGCAUCAACGCCGCCCUCGCAAACAUGCACGAAGACGACUGGCGCUGGCACAUGUUUGACACCGUCAAAGGCUCCGACUGGCUCGGCGACCAAGACGCCAUACACUACAUGACGCGCGAAGCCGUCCCUGCAGUCGUCGAACUGGAAAACUACGGUAUGCCCUUUAGCCGCACCGAGCAAGGUACUAUCUACCAACGGCCCCUAGGUGGUCAGACUCUCAACUAUGGAAAAGGCGGUCAGGCGUAUCGGACUGCUUGUGUGGCCGACCGCACGGGGCAUGCUAUGCUUCAUACGUUGUAUGGACAGAGUUUGAAGCGGGGGGUGCAGUUUUUUAUUGAGUGGUUUGCGCUGGAUUUGAUGAUGGUGGAGGGGAAAUGUGUGGGUGUUACGGCUAUGAAUAUGGAGGAUGGGACGUGUCAUAGGAUGUUUGCUAAGAAUACAGUAUUGGCUACUGGAGGCUACGGGCGAGCAUACUUUAGUGCCACAAGCGCCCAUACAAGUACCGGAGAUGGUAGUGCAAUGGCUGCCAGAGCUGGCCUACCACUCCAGGACAUGGAGUUUGUCCAAUUCCACCCAACUGGUAUCUAUGGUGCAGGUGUAUUGAUCACAGAAGGCGCCCGUGGUGAAGGCGGCUAUCUCCUCAACUCUGAAGGCGAAGCAUUCAUGCAAAACUAUGCCCCCGUCUCAAGGAACCUCGCAUCCCGCGAUGUGGUUAGCCGAAGUAUGAAUCUGGAAAUACUCAAAGGCCGUGGGUGUGGACCCAAAAAAGAUCAUAUUGACUUGCAGCUCAUGCACCUUCCAAAGCACAUUAUUCAGGAGCGCUUGCCAGGCAUAGCGGAAACAGCGGCAAUAUUUGCUGGCAUAGACGUAACUAGACAAUGCAUCCCGGUGAUUCCAACAGUUCACUACUGUAUGGGCGGAAUACCAACAAACUACCAUGGCCAGGUUUUGGAUGUAGACCGCCAGAGUGGGAAAGAACGUAUUGUGGAUGGCCUGUAUGCAGCAGGUGAAGCAGCUUGCGUCAGUGUCCACGGUGCAAACCGAUUGGGUGCUAACUCUCUCCUCGACAUUGUUGUUUUCGGCCGAGCAGCUGCACUCCACAUUUCGUCACACCACUCCCCCGCAACACCGCAUGAACCAACCUCGGAAACCAUUGGCCUCGACGCCAUCCAAGAACUAACUUCCUUCCUCACACAUUCCAACGGGUCGACUCCCACUUCUGCCCUGAGAAGCAAAAUGCAAUCAACUAUGCAAUCAACUACAGCCGUCUUCCGCACCCACGACACUCUUGCCGAGGGCCACGCUCAACUCCACUCCCUCGAGAACCAAUUCGCCACAGACCUUCGUGUGACAGACAAAUCCCUAAUUUGGAACUCCGACCUCAUCGAGACACUAGAGCUGCGUAACCUACUCACCAACGCCUCGCAGACGAGUACAGCAGCGUUGAAGCGGACGGAGAGCCGAGGUGCACAUGCACGAGAUGACUUCAAAGAGAGAGACGAUGAAAAGUGGAUGAAGCAUAGUCUUACGUGGCAGCAUGCCAUAGGUAAGGAGGUCGAGUUUGGAACAAGGGAGGUGGUCAUGAAAACUUUGGACGAGAACGAGGUAGCCAGUGUACCACCUACAAAGCGAUACUAUUAG